AUGACCAAGCCCAGAUUCUUGGAUUCUGAAAGUGUUGCUUCAGCCGCCACAGCUCUUCAGGAUAUGAAGAGCAAAAAGAGAUCGUUCGAAGAAUCCCAAUUCUUUGACAAGACGACCACUUCUCCGGAGAACUUCUGUUAUUCGAGAAGCUUAAAGCUUUGCUCUCAUCAGAGUAAGCGUGCCAAAACUGCACCUUCUUCUCCUAUAGCGUAUGCACCUCCAACCAAAGUGCUCUUUCCAGUGACACCAAAUAUGAAAUGUCCCGAGCUACCAAUAACACCACCUUCUAUCAUUAAUCAAGGAUCUACCAUUGCUUUCAAUUCAUUCAAAACAAAUCCUAUUACAGCCCAGGCUCCUACUACUGGUGCUUCCAAUAGCUUUAGUGAGCUAUCUGCUGCUUCUUCUGCUUCACAGAGCCCUGCCACUCCUCCUCCAUCGGUCGAUUCUUCUCCAAGAGGUUUUCCAAAAAUUAUGAAACUCGGUAGAAAGCCUCUGACAACUAUUCCUGAAUCUGCUUAUUUCUAUCCAGAUACUUGCUACUCUUUCAGCCUUUUGAACACCUCUGCCAACAUUCCAGAUCGGAACCGUAGAGCCUCCUUUCUAGAGCACCAGAACCAAGAAUGGAGAGACUAUUAUAAAAACGAGAUUAGCCACAGCAAUGCUCGACUUUACAAGAAGUACAGAAGUUAUUGUGAAGGCUUGAAGAUGACUGAGUCUGCGGUCACUAAGAUGAAGAAUACUGGCUCUUCUAAUUAUAGAAGUCUCCUUCCAACGGCCUCAAAAUUGACUACCUUUGUGGACUCCCAAUACAACAGAUAUGAUGGAUUGGUCAACUAUCCAUACGCUUCCAAUUACAGAUACCAGUCAACAGGAUACUUGCACGAUGCAGAAGUCUUGACAAGAUCUCCGGAACUUUACGGACAACAUUCUGCAAAGGGAUAUUUUGCAAGUGGCGAUUACCAGAGCCAAGAACCACGUGGUUAUAAACUUCCGCCAUUAAGUCAGGUACUUAAAAUGCCACACGAGACCAUUCCUCCUUUGGCAUAUUCUCCAGAGAAUAUGCCCAUGGCUGUCAGGCCCCGUAUCAACAUUUCCUCGCAAGCAUCAAGCCCAACGAGACACGUUUCCAAGUUUAUUAACACAUCGCUUACAUCACCAAAAUCCUCUGGAAGUAUGCCAACUGAUACCACUACCACGACAACUAUAAUUACUAGUCCUACUGGAUCAAGCACUAGCAGACGUUCCUCUUCAUCGCAUCGUCGUCAUAGUCAUUCUACAUAUUCACAUCGGAUUCAAAGACGCUGUAUUUCUUGCCAUUCUACUCAAUCGCCAUGCUGGAGACCUUCUUGGGAUCCCGAGAAGGGCCAACUUUGUAAUUCAUGUGGUUUGAGAUACAAAAAGACCAAAGCGAGAUGUAUGAAUCCAAAUUGUCUUAGAAUCCCAGCUAAAGGAGAAUGGACUCUAAUGAAGAACAGAGGAAAAAUUCUCCUUCCUGUCUAUAACGAUGAUGGCGACGAAAUUAACAAACACCAUACUUAUAAAUGCCUUCACUGUGACGGAGAAGUUGCUGUUGAGGAGUAA